UCUGGUGACAUGUCUUCCAUCUUGGUGUGGGAUCUUGAAAAGGAACAACUUCUCAGCACCAUUGAGUCCCUUGCUGACAGCGCGAUUUCUGCACUGUCUGCAUCUCAGGUUCGAUCUGGACAUUUCGCGGCUGGUUUCGCUGCUGGUUCUGUUAGGAUAUUUGAUGUCCACACACCUGAUAGGCUUGUCUAUAUGGCGAGGCCGCAUGCCCCAAGAACAGAAAAGGUUGUUGGCAUAGGGUUUCAGCCUGGGUUUGAUCCAUACAAGAUUGUAAGUGCGUCUCAAGCUGGGGACAUUCAAUUUCUUGAUGUUAGAAGGGCAGCAGAACCUCAGGAUGUAAAACCAUACCUGACUAUCGAGGCACACAGGGGUUCACUUACAGCGUUAGCUAUUCAUCGGCAUGCCCCUGUUGUCGCGAGUGGUUCAGCCAAGCAGAUGAUUAAAGUGUUCAGUCUUGAAGGAGAACAGUUGACUAAAAUUCGCUACCAGCCGUCGUUUAUGGGCCAAACAAUUGGCAGCGUGAAUUGCCUCUCUUUCCACCCAUAUAAAUCACUCUUGGCCGCUGGUACUGGUGAUAAUGCUCUUGUCUCUAUCUACGCUGAGGAAAAUUAGAAGAUGGCCUACAUCUUGUGACAUGCAAUCACAAUGCAAUCGGUAGGCCUUAUGUUUUGGCCGAUGGUGGCUCCACGCCAUGGUCCAGCUACAAGAUCCCAGAUGAUGUGAAAGCCUUGUGACCGACAUGGUGGUGACGGCGCCGGAGCAUUUGGCAGUUGGACUGACAAGUACAGUUUGUAAGAUACAGAUAAAGAUUCAGUUUGCCUCCUUGCAGAAGGUUAUGAAACCCUACCCUAGAUCUGUCAUUGAACUUGGAGGCUUACCCCAAAUAAUCAAUCAUACCUAGGUUAACCAAAAUGUAAAUAGUCACCUAAUUUGGGUUGUCCUUUGGUUUGCCAAUUGUAAAAAGGUUUGCAGACGUUCA